AAAGGAGACUGGUCAGCGCAAGCGCAACGUUUACAGAUAAGACUUUCUUUCUUUCUUGCCAGAUCACAGCAUUUCUCCGGCUAAAUUUCCUUUCAUUACUGAAAGCUGAUAACACACAACACAAGCACCGAAGCCACGCUCCUGUCAAGUUGGGACACCGGGUUUUCCACGGAAGCACAAGAGGAAUGCUGCCGCUCGGUUCUGGUAGUAUAAAAUUCUGCACACCUUACUGAUCACAGGACCAUCACGGUAUCACUCACCUACGACCAGGAAUGGGAAGAAAUCAGAGCCGUCAGGCUGAUGAAGCUGAGCACGUGGCUUCUCUCUCACUCAAGACAAGCCACGGUCAACCUUGCCGGCUCUUGCUCAAUACUACCUGGAACCAUCGCGUUCCCUACCUUUCCUCACAAGAGAAUGCUAUGCUACUCGGUUCUAGCGUAAAACCCUGCACACCAUAUCAUCACAGGGCGACCAUCACGGCAUCACCUCUAUCUUCUAAGCUGAUGAAGCACGUGUUUUCCUCUCUCAUCAAGACAGAUCUCGGUCAACCUGAAAUUAUGCGUCCUUGUCGGCUCUUUGCUCCAUACUGAACCUGGAAGGCUGGAACCAUCGCUCCCUACCUUUAUCUUCAUCGCUCAUUAUUAUGAUCCAUCUGGUAAUAUCCGGGGUCCAUUUUCUGUACGGACUAAAAGGACUUGCCGUCCAGGUCCGUAGCAUGCGACUAGUACAUGCUACUACAGUAACUCGGCAACUUGGCACGUGAGCGUACUCUUUUUUUCAACACUCAUGUGUGUGAUAUAUACAUGGCUGUAGGCUGUAGCACUGAACGCAUCAGCAGAAACCAGAUGACGACUGCUGUGGCCUUCACCACAUCCAUCUCACUCCUCCUGCUGAUCCCCGUCGCUCUUGCAAAGGAUCACACCAAUGGCGGCAGCUACCUCGCCAGAGGCUCCUCGGUGUCCAUCGAGGAUGGCACCAAGGCCACCACCACCACCAUCCUGGCGUCGCCCAAUGGCGCCUUCGCCUGCGGCUUCUACAGGGUGGCCACCAACGCCUACACCUUCUCCAUCUGGUUCCGCUCCUCAUCGGCCAAGACCGUCGCGUGGACGGCCAACCGCGACGCGCCGGUGAACGGCAGGGGGUCCAGGCUCGCCUUCCGGAAGGACGGGGCCCUGGCCCUGCUCGACUACAAUGGCGCGGCCGUCUGGAGCACCAACACAAGCGCGACCCGUGCCAGCCGCGUGGAGCUCCUCGACAGCGGCGACCUUGUCGUCGUUGAUCCAAACGGCCGGCGCCUCUGGGGGAGCUUCGACUCACCCACCGACACGCUUCUGCCGUCACAGCCGAUGACCCGGCACACAAAGCUGGUGUCUGCGUCUGCCAGGGGUUUGCUCUCAUCAGGGUUGUAUGCAUUCUACUUUGACAAUGACAACCAGCUCAAGCUCAUCUACAACGGCCCUGAGGUCAGUAGCGUGUACUGGCCUGACCCUUUCACCACCCCGCUUGUGAAUCACAGGACUACCUACAACAGUAGCCAGUAUGGAGUUCUUGAGCAGACAGGCCGGUUCGCCGCGAGCGACAACUUCAAAUUCACAGCUUCUGAUCUUGGUGAUAAGGUCAUGAGGAGGUUGACUCUGGAUUACGAUGGCAAUCUCAGGCUGUACAGCCUGAACGCGACCACCGGCGGCUGGUCGGUCUCUUGGAUGGUAUUCCGCGGAGUCUGCAAUAUUCAUGGACUCUGCGGCAAAAACAGCCUCUGCAAGUACAUACCCAAGCUCCAGUGCUCUUGCCUCAGAGGCUUUGAGGUGGUCGAUGCAAGCGACUGGAGCAAAGGGUGCAGGCGCAAGGCAAACCUCAGGGCCACCCAGGAUUUCUCAUUCAGAAAGGUCGCGGGAGCUGAUUUCAUUGGGUAUGACUUGCUCUACUGGGAGCGGGUGACAAUUCGGAACUGCAAAGAUUUGUGCUUGGACAAUGCUAAUUGCCAAGCCUUUGGUUACCGUCAGGGAGAAGGCAAAUGUUUCACAAAGGUCUAUCUUUUUAAUGGCAAGAACUUUCCAAACCCUCACACUGACAUUUAUCUGAAAGUUCCCAGGGGAGCGCUGUCUUCCUCAGAAUUGGCUUCUACCGUAACCCAUGAAUGCAAAGUUCAUCAAAAGGAGGCCAACAGUACAUCUCUAUUGUUCCAGGAUGGCUCUUCUAACUUCAAGUUUGGCUACUUCCUUUCUUCUGCAUUAACACUGCUUUUCAUUGAAGUGAUAUUAAUCAUCGCCGGGUGUUGGGUUGUUCACAAAUGGGAGGGAAGACCAGAGAUUAUAGAUGAAGGUUACACGAUAAUUUCCAGCCAGUUCCGAAUAUUUAGCUACAGGGAGUUACAGAAGGCAACCAGUUGCUUCCAAGAAGAGCUAGGAAGCGGUAGAUCAGGAGCAGUUUACAAGGGAGUCCUCGAUGAUGCAAGGAAGGUCGCAGUGAAGAAGCUAAACGAUGUGAUCCAAGGAGAGCAGGAGUUCAGGUCUGAGAUAAGUGUCAUAGGCAGAAUUUAUCAUAUGAAUCUCGUCAGAAUUUGGGGGUUUUGUGUCGAGAAGACGCACAAGCUCUUGGUUUCAGAGUUCAUCGAGAAUGGUUCCUUGGCCGCAGUUCUUUUUGAUCACCAGAGUAACUCUCCUGUGCUCCAAUGGGGCCAAAGGUACAAUAUUGCACUUGGGGUGGCAAAAGGACUGGCCUAUCUCCAUCAUGAGUGUCUUGAAUGGAUUGUCCACUGUGAUGUCAAACCAGAGAACAUAUUGUUAGAUAGAGACUUUCAGCCCAAGAUUGCAGAUUUUGGACUGAUGAAGCUACAACAGCGAGGAUCAAGCGCAGAAAUGUUGUCAAAAGUGCAUGGGACUAGAGGCUACAUUGCACCAGAAUGGGCUCUAAAUCUUCCAAUCAAUGGGAAGGCCGAUGUUUACAGCUACGGCGUAGUGCUUCUUGAGUUAGUGAAGGGGGUUCGUCUUUCCAGAUGGGUGGCUGAGGGCGAGGAGGAGGUUGAAAUGGCUGGUAUAUGCUCUAUUGAAAUCCUUAAAGAAAAACUAGCAGGCGAAGACCAGUCAUGGCUUCUGGAGUUUGUCGACCACAGACUGGAUGGAGAAUUCAACCAGUCAGAAGCUACAGUAAUGCUUAAGAUAGCAAUAUCAUGUGUACAAGAGGACAGGAGCAGAAGACCAAGCAUGAGCCACGUGGUCGAAACUUUGCUUUCACUUGUGGAGUAAUAUUCAGUAUUGUAUUACUAUUGUUACAUCUAGCUGAUAUAAGAAUAACAUUAUGUGGUGUCGCAGAAAAGUUGCUGCAAGCCUUAUCGCUGCCAUAUGUAGCGGCUCUCCA